AUGGUAGACGUAUUCAUCAUCUAGAAUGACGGACAUGUGGAGCUUGAAAAUCUGUGCCUGGCUGGGCUUCCUAUUACUUUUCAAACCCAUCGACUCCACGGGCUUGGAAGGACCUAAUGUUGACUGUACGGCCAACGGAACUCGGGCGGUUUGUCCUGUAGCAUGUCCUGAAACCUGCGCGUACGCCGGCGAUGGACCCUGCGUCAAGGUGUGUGGAGCCCCUUGUGUGUGUAAGCCGGGAUAUGUUAUCAAUGAGAGAAUCCCUGCCUGUGUUCUGCGAUCCGAUUGCCCAAAAGAUGUCGUUCGAAAGGAAGAUAUGGUACUCGGUGUAACGAACUUUAAGUGCUUUAGCAGAAAUUACGUGUGUAGGAAUUUAUAAACUUUAAACUAAAAAACAAUAAAAUGUAAAUAAAUUGUAGUAAAUUACAAUCUAAACA